ACAUUGUCCACCAAUGAAGACAAAGUGUCGCACUGUCUCUCACAGCCACACGUCGGCAAACAAUUGGAUCAGUUCUUGAGCGUCACUUCGGCCGCAAAACAUCGCAAGUAUUGGGAAAAAGCCAAAGAGUUUCGCAUUGAAGGCAAUCACUCUUUCAGAGGGAAGCGCUUCCAGGAGGCCAUCGAAGCCUACACUCAGGCCAUAAUCACGGCAUCGAUUCCCAACUCGAGUGACACCGCGGAAGCAAAUGGAGAGUUAUCUCUUGGAUUUGCGAACCGAUCGGCGGUUUUCUUUCAGUUGAAACAAUACGACAACUGUUUGUCUGAUAUUAACAAUGCAUUCAAAUACGACUAUCCAUUGAAUGCCACGAAACUGUUGCUAAGAAAAAGCAAUUGUUUGGUAGCGAAGGCCCGCUUCGGCGACGCGAAGACUGUCCUCCAGAGCGCGGAAUUGAGCGGCGAUUUGAGUGACAAACAACUGGAGACUCAGAUCAACAAAUUGUUGGAAACAAUUGACUCAAAAGGAGCUAAAAAUCGGUCCAAUUGUGUGAAUACAUCUAAACCGAAGACUGAUCUCAAGUUUGUGAGCAAUGAAUUGAUGCCAAACGCCAGUCAAUCGCUUCGGUUAUGUGAGUCUCCGACGAAAGGCCGACAUAUUGUGACCAAAGAUGACAUCAAUAUCUCUGAU